AUGCUCAUUUUAAGGCACAACACCCUAUCGUCUGAAGACCUGUUCAAAAUUGAAUGUCUCAUGAUCAAGGUGGCAGAUCCAAAAUACGUAAUUCAGGAUCUUCAGCAUUUCACUGUUCUUGACAAAUCUCGAGCAGAACUGUAUGGAUACAUUCUCGGAUUCUUGGAGCGCCUUGGUUUAUGCGAAUCUAUUGGUGUUACACCAUCUGAAUUUCUCGAUUUUUUAGUAGAUGUGGAUCAUGGCUACUUGCCAAACGCGUACCACUCGUUCUAUCAUGCGGUGGACGUUGCCAUUGUGCUGUAUCAUAUGGUGUGUCAAUACGAUAUCGCCAGCUACAUUUCUCGCAUCGAUAUCGCUGCGCUAAUGAUUGCUGGCUUGUGUCAUGAUAUUGGUCAUCCAGGCAAGAACAACAACUUUCAAGUCAAUCUAAAGACGGAUUUGGCUAUUCGAUAUAGUAACAAGUCAGUUUUAGAAAGCUACUCUUGCACCAUCACAAUGGAUCUGUUAACAAAGCACAAGCUGCUAAGAAAACUGGAGAAAGCAAGCGGGUCAUUGGGGCUGCCUACAUCAGAGUCUGAAAUGCGCACUGGGAUCAUCAAGAUGAUUUUAGCAACAGACAUGAUUUUCCACUAUGAACUGCAAGAAAACCUGGCAAACCUAUUAGAAAUCAUCACGGAUGAAAAUGUGGGACAAGAUCAAGUGAUGCAAAUGAGAUCUUCUCUACAUAAACCGGUUUUACCGUCCACAAAAGAGGAGGAUGAAGACGAGAAGGAAUGCCACCACCACAAUCACACGCAACAGCCGCCACAAUCCCAAGAUCAAGAUCAAGAUCAAGACGCAGAGAUCCAGGUCAAGGACAUAUUCUCCAGCCAAGGCGCUAAAAGCGCGAUAUCGUAUUUUAGAAGGAAAUCGUAUUUCGAGGAGGACACUGUACCACUAUGCUUAAAGACAAUGCCUGUAUUACCUGUGAGUCCAGAAGAGGAAGAGGAAGACGACGAUGAUGACGAUGCGGAUCAUAACAACUCCACAACCAACACGUUAGCCAGCACCACGUCAGAAAAGCAUCAUUCAUCUGGAGUGGAUCUCGUGACGGUAACGACACCCGAUGGCAAGACGGCAUUUACACCACCAAACUACAUAAUGGAACCACAGCAGCGGUUGAUACUAUGCCAGAUUAUACUCCAUGCUGCUGACAUAAGUAAUGCGCUAAGACCAUGGCCUAUAUGUCUAAGCUGGUCAAAUUUAGUGUGUGAAGAAUUCUUCCUGCAAGGCGACGCUGAACAAGAGCACGGACUCAAAGUAUCACCGAAUAUGGACAGAAAUCAAGUGAGCCAAACCACCAUUGGCUUGCAAUUUGGCGACUUUGUGGUUAGCCCUUAUUUCGAGAUAUUUGCAGCCUUGUUUCCCAAGGCCGAUGAACUGCUGAAAGAGCUGGCAGCCAAUCGAUUACAAUGGAUCAAGAUGGAGGAAGAGCUGCAAGACAACAAAGACCAAGAAGAGGAGGAAAAUCAACGACUGCCAUCCAGCAUGUUACCUGAUCGACCCAUCAUCAAUCCAUCAGGCAGACGAGUCAGUGUGGCUGCUGGUAUGGUGGUUAUACCUGAUGAACUGGAAGAACGCACGAUUGGAUCAGGAAAAUACAAGCGCAAAUACUGGGGUGUUCGAAGUGUUAGUCAUAGCGAUAUAUCAGACUUGAAGGAACAAUUGACACAUCGUGAAAGAAAUGAGGUUAUCCGCAGACGAAAGAGCGAGGAACCAAAUUUUGUCAAUUCCAGAAGACUCAAACUCACGCCCAUGUCACCUCGAUCUUCACCUCCAACAAAGAGGUCUUCUACACUACCUGUUGGACAAAAAUAG